AUGAAACAACUUAUCACCGGUCAGAAAGUCGAGGUUAUUCCGGACCCUCACCUCAACAAGGUCCAAGGUAUAAUCUAUGACCUGCAUACCAAGAAUAUCGACACCACCAUCAUCUUGGAAACUACACAAGAACAAGGUGUAACGGAAAUCAGAAGGAUUACUAAGUCGAAUAUUGCCACCAACCUCGUUGGAACCACUCAAGAAAACAAUACCAACAGCAACACAGCUGAAACCCUGGAAUCUAACCAGCGACCCUCCAGUCCACUACCUGUAAGUUCAUGGCAAACCAACGUAACCCGACCCAGGCGUACACCAGGACGCAAUAGAAGACAGGAAUUCAUAUACCCUUUACCUACACCCCGGCGCAAAAACACCAAAAAUGAAAGCCGCCCUCCAACUAAAAAAGCCUUCUCUCCUGCACCGGCUCCGUCCGCGGAUGUACCGGACCGCGUCGAUGAACCUUCGGCGGCUUCCGAUGCAGGAGGCCCGGCCUCCUCCCGGGAACCCCGCAAUGCAAAAACCAAAACAACAAUACACACCUCCGUAGUCACUGGAAGUCAGUACGCCAGUCCACCUGAUUACAACAAUCAUCCCAAUGAAACAUCGAACCCAAAUCCACUUCUAAUAUCACCCAGCGAGCCGCGGAACUGCGGACCAAACAAAAAAACAAACACCCGCACCCAACCAACCAGCGGGACAACAACCGCAGCUGGGACCAACAUCGAGAGCAGAGACACUUUUCAGCGGCUUUCCGGCUCUCCCAGGUAUACCUCAACUCCAACGACCGAGAUCAACCGAGAUCAAAAUCACUCCGAGGAGCAGACUGGCUGCUCCUGGCACCCCAUCACCUUCCAUUGGAACACAGCGACUAACACAGAGCCAACCUGCAGCAUGUCUAACUCCGAUAAACCCAUCAUAGUAAGAGACGUUAGGGAAAAGGCCUUCUCCUCUGCACCGGCCCCGCCCGCGGAUGUACCGGCACCUACCGACGAGCCUUCGACGGCUGCAGGUCUACACUCUACGACCGGACCGCAGAUCAUCAACAUACACAGCCCUGGCGACCCUCGCCCCGAUUCCCCAUCAGAAUCCGACUCUGAUACCCUCAACUCCGGUAACCGCAGCUCACUGGCCCUUCAGUGGAACGCUAACGGACUGCGUCAGAACCUCGGAGCUCUCCAGGUCAUCAUCGCCCGGCAUAACUUUAUCGUGCUAGCCAUCUAG